AUGCGGAGCAUUACGAGUCUACCAAGGGCUUCAGAGAGAGCUGUCAGUGAUUCGCACUCAGAGUCAGCCGAAGCGACUCUGCCGAAUAAUUACGAAAGGGCGGAGACGAAACUCGUAAAGAAAUACGAGGAUCAACGACUCAUCGCUCAGGCGCUGUUCAACAGGGUGCUAAAACUCCCGGAAAUCACCAAGGCCACCGCAGUGAACCUCACCGCCAACGCAGCAGCUGCAACAGAAACCCUCGACCAGCUGCCUCAAAUGACAAAACUCAACUCGUCCAAGCUGCUCGAGCAGAUCAUUGUCCACCUGCUGAGACAUUCGCUCGACUCCGACACCCUGAAGAUGUGGGAGUUGAAACUCGGAGAAAGCAAGGAUUUCCCAACGCUCGAGGAGUCCAUCAACUUUAUCGAGUCAUGUGCCAGGGGAAUCAACACUGGAGACAAGCUGCACUCAACGACCAGCAGCUCAACGCAACGAUCACCGCCUGCACCGAACAGGAGAAGAGUUGCACACGUGGCAUCAACGACGGAGAGGGCAAAGGAGACCUCAACGAGGCGCCUCCCGAGAAAUUGCUGUGCCUUCUGCCUAGGAGGGAAUUACAUCGCCAGUUACAAGAAAUUCAUCGCAUCAUCACCAAUCAAAAGAUUCGACGUUGUCGCCACCAGGCGGUUGUGUUACAACUGCUUGGGAUCUCACCUACAUAGCAAGUGCACCUGCCGGAAGACCUGCUACAAGUGCAAGGCUACCGGACAGGACAAAAGACACCACCCCCUGAUCCAUGGAGGACACGUGGAUGUCAUGGAAGACGUGGAGAAGCUGGAGAGCUGA